GUGCAUUUCCAAGAAAGUACAAUAUAAAGAUAUUAACGAUAGGGGAGACCAGGGACAGUUGUAACAGGGGACUGUUGUAACACCUUGAAUUCCUCUAAUCAGAAACAACUUAAGAGUGAUGACACUCACUUUGCGCAUGCUCAGUGAGUUCCUGCUAAAAAAAAGAGCCACAUUUGAAACUUCCUGACGGUGUUCUCUAGAAAAGCUUGUUUUUGAGGUAAAAAAAAAUACUUUCCUGUCUGGUGUACUUUUAUGGAUGCUGUUUUAAGAUCAAAUGUCUAUGAAUUCAAACAAGUUUUGUUAGAAAAAAAAUAUUAUUAGCUAAAAAUAGAAAUGGCUAACAAGUGUCAAACUAGCAGUCAAGCUAGCUCACGUGACAUGAAAACGUGGUUGGUGAUACAACCGUCACAGUAUCAACUGUGUAUAAUUAAACAUGUUUAAUUAUAUGUAUAAUUUAUGUAUAAUUUAUUGAUUGUUUUUUACUUGAUGUUAGGUGACCUUGAGUGCCAUGAAAGGCUCCAUCAAAUAAAAUGUAUUGUUAUUAUUAUUAUUAUUGCAAAAGGUGUUACAACUGUCCCUGGUCUCUCGUGCAAUUCUAAAAAGUUAAAAUAAGAAUGUACAUUAUAAACGGCUUGCUAUAUACAGUAUAAACAAGGAUUGAACGUCGCACACUACAACGCUAAAACUAAACUUGAACAGUAGUGCAACACUGCCAUCUAGAGGCGACAGACCGUAGUGCUCCGCUCGUCACGUUGCUGUUUGCCUGCUGUUGCUGUUGCGUCCGGACGCAGCCGUCGCCUGGACGCUCCUGCUCCUGUCAUCUGGAGGAAACUCCUCCCCGCAGACAGCGCGUCCUGUCGCCUCUCCAGCGCAAUGGUCUCCUGGAUAAUCUCUAGACUUGUGGUACUCGUCUUUGGUACACUAUACCCUGCUUACUCAUCUUAUAAAGCUGUGAAAUCGAAAGAUGUGAAAGAAUACGUGAAAUGGAUGAUGUACUGGAUAAUAUUUGCCCUCUUCACAACUGUGGAAGUGUUCACAGAUAUGUUUCUUUGUUGGCUUCCUUUCUACUAUGAGCUGAAGAUAGCUUUCGUGGUGUGGCUGUUGUCCCCUUACACUAAAGGCUCCAGUGUGCUCUACAGGAAGUUUGUUCAUCCCACACUUUCCUCAAAAGAAAAGGACAUUGACGACUACAUCUGUCAAGCCAAGGACAAAAGCUACGACACGCUGGUUCACUAUGGGAGGAGAGGGCUGAAUGUAGCGGCCACAGCUGCAGUCAUGGCGGCAUCAAAGGGCCAAGGAGUGCUUUCAGACAGACUGAGGAGUUUCAGCAUGCAGGAUCUGUCUUCCUUCCAGUCUGACACGGACAACGGCGACUCUGGCACGACACAGCCCGCAGCAGGAGCAGCAGGAGCAGCAGGAGCAGGAGCAGGACAGCAUCGAACCAGAUCUAUGAUGCGCAGCAAGUCAGAAAGCUACAACAAAGGACAGGAUUUUGACAUAGCUGAGUUUGAGGUGUUGGGGUUAGACCAGUGGGACUCCAAGGAGUCGCUGUCCCAGACCAUUUCAGCCCCCGAGUCCGCACCAAUUACGCCCUCUCUGACACCGCAGCCGAGCCCGCCGUCCGCGCCCUCUCCACCUCCCACUCCGCCGGUGACGGAGCGGUCCGGGGGGGCGGGGAAAGAGGGGCGGGCCACCAUGAGCUCACCACAGCUCAGGCUGAUUAAGAGGAAAGCUCCUGAGCCUCCUCUUAGGCCUCUCACGAGAUCCAGGAGCGCUCUCUCUUCGAACAAUGAAGCCAUGUGAAACUGUCCUCAAACAUAAUCCAGCUGCCUUUGCUGCAAGAAGUAAAAAAAAGAAAAAAGAAAAUACUGAAUGGCCAAAAGCUACAUGACUGAAGCAGCCUUGCUUUGGAAUAAGGUAUUACCAAAGUGACCUACGAUGCCCCCUUCUCUCUCUCUAUAGUAAACUGUAUAGCGCGUGGCUCAUGAUAGAAGUCCAUGAGGUUUUUGUGAGUGAAUGAGCUCCAUGCCGAUAGACACUUUAAGUUUGUGGCUUACUGAAUAUGUAUUUAUGUACAGUUUGUGUGAACGUCGUUUCUCUGAUUUGAUCUUUUUUUUUUUAUAUAUAAUUCUAUAUAUAUAUCAGGUUUGGGCCGGACAACUGCAUGUGUCUCCCCGCUCAUUGUUAGUCCACUGUUUGUCGAACAGAAUGUGCUGUCACUGAGUCCUGCAGCUGGUGUUUGAGAAUCACGUGGUCACGAGCCAAGGAUCAAGAAAUAUUUUUCUUUCUUUUUUUUUUUUAUUAGUAAUAUUACUUUCGGGGAUGUUCUGCUGUAGCUGCAUCUGGAGAUCCGACAAUUCUGCACUGAAUCAUUAAGAAAUGAAGCCAAUUUAGCCCAAAACAACAACAACAACAACAAAACAAUUUAGUUAACCUCAAUUUUAAAGCCUUACAGAAAAAGACUUCAUGUCCUUGUUCUCAUCCAAACAAUCAUGUUUGCACUGUGUUCAGAAUAUAAAUUACUGGCUGAUUAGCAAUUUUAGCGUUAUUAUUAUUAUUUAUUUCCUGUGGUGAAUAAACAUUUGUGUCAUAGGUUAUUUGCAUAAGAUAAGUGAACUUUAUUUCUUGAGCAACAACCAAGGUGCUUUACAGAUUUAAAGGCACAGCAACAUAAAAGGUAUAAAACAUAAAAUCAACGAAAAAAAUACAAGUAAAACAGUAAAAUAGUGAGAUAUUAAAAUAGCAAAAUUGUAAAAAACUACAUACAUGACUAUAUUUAUCCUGAAGUGAAGGCUUAGGAGAGGUGGUGGGUCUUUGAAAGGGAUUUCAAAUGUUCAAUGUGGGGGCAGAUUUGAUAUCCAGAUGUUUUCUGAGUGACGCCAAAUGUUCCUGACAAUCUUCUGGUCAGUUUCUUUUAAAGAAACACCUCGUCAUUUGUUUUAAAGUAAAAUAGGAACCUGUCCCUUUAUGCUGUAGCAAAAAAAUAAAUGUGGGUUUGAAAAGAAUCUAUAUUUACUUUAUGUAAUCAUGGUCAGGUUUUUGUUUAUUUCUAUGGUUGCAAUCACUGUGCAAAGUUCUGUUCACUGAGCGACGCUAAACCCAAUGAUCCUCUGGCUGCAGCAGGUUUACGAGCUUACAUUGACGUUAAUGUUGUAUGAUUCUGUUUUCAUCUUGUACUUAAUUACACUGAGCCCACGCCACAGACGCACUCGACACAAACUAUAACUGUAUCUGUUGUAAAUGGUUUCAGUGGAUUUGUGCGGUAGACUUUCCCAUCCUUGUGUCUGUGUCAUUUCAGGUGUGUUGAAGUUUGAAACAAAAAGCUUCUCAGGUACAGCCGUUCUGUUUACACGCCAUACACUCUGUCGCCGCCGCCGUCGUCGUAGAUGCACUAUGUCUUUCUUUCUUUUUUUUGGACGGAUAAAAGGAGAGGAAAAAAAUGAAACAUAACUGUAUUUCAGCUUUUGUAGUAUCCGUGUUAGUGUUGGAGAUGAUUUUCUUCCAUUAAAACUCAUGCAGAGUCAAACUGAAAUAUAAGGUAAUUAUGAGAUUUGUACACGAAGCUCAUCGUUGCAUGUCUGUUCAUUUGUAUGAAAAUUGAAUUUCUUCAGUGUAAAUCUGUUUGGCAAAAACAUUUGCACAAUCAUCUUUGCCAUUUUCAACAGGAAGAAAAGUGAAAUGACAAAGUUGGCGACUCAUACUUGCAAAAAAAAAAAAAGUCUUAUCCACUCUGACUUCAAUCAUGAAGUGACACCUUAACUUAACUAAGUUUUCCUCAGCGGUUUUGUUCUGGCAGGCCAGAAUGUCAUUAUAUAUGACUUAUAUUUAAACGUGACUGCGACAUAUAAACUAACAAUGGCAGUGAUGUGUGUGUGUGUUAAAGACAAUGUAUCCAAAACUGUUCACGAUCAAAUGUUUGUGGACGAUGCCAUUUUUUUUUUCUUGAAUAAAAAACAUGUUAAAAGAGAAAGAAAACUCCACAUGUAUCCCAAAUAAAAGAUGGUAAUUUAAAAAA